AUGGCAGAUCACCUGUCCACCGAAGAUCUCAGAGCGGCGGCCGGAAGUCAGAAUAUCGUGCCCCGGAAACGGAAGCGUGACUCAGAUGAUGGUGCCGCAAGUUCUGAAGAGGAGAGAGAGAAGGAUUUCUUCGAUUACCGCAAAGAGACUCCUGAAACCCCAGUGCUCAAGCCGAAAAAGAAAGCUCGAGAAGAGGUUCCCGAAGAAGAAGAAACUCCCCUGCCAUCGACAUCGUCACGAGCUGCAUCGAUCGGUGUGCUCGACAGACUGGACGAAUUUCGAUCUCUCCUCAAAAAAGCAUUCAGGCGGACUGCUGGAUCCCAGCAGAUGACCGUUGAUGAACUGAUGAGUUAUCUCGCAGGUUUGUCUCUCAAGAAGCCAUUCACGAGAGAUGAAGUCGAUCUGGCGCUAGAGAAGAUGUCAGACGCAAACCAGGUCAUGGUAUCGGAUGAUAUCGUCUACCUCAUCUAG